AUCACGAGCCCGCAGCCCCCGCGCCGGCCGCCGCGGCCGCUUCUUUCGUUGACUUCUCCUUUAGACUGUGUGGCGGUUGUUUCUAUCCUAACAAACGACUCCACAGCCUAGCUGCCACCGUUGCCCGCCUUCCGCCCCCUUACCCUCGCUAGGCUCGCCCCUCGAGCCACAGGAGCCGGCCAGGGGGUCCCCGUGCCGUCCUGACCGCUGCUCCUUGUCGCUAAGUGCGGCCCUUCGUUGGUGCUUUCUUCUUUGGCCCUCGAAAUGCUGUUUCCUUCCAAGGGUUCCUCACUUCUCCGGGCUCCAAGGCCAGAAGCCCGUUGGGAAAACCCCUUGGGGACUCAGAACCCCAAGCUUCAGUUGGACGCUCCUGGCUCAGGGUGUCCUCUUCACUGUAUGAGGGCCCGGUACAUUUGCCCAGAGAACCCAGAAGCCAUCGUCAUUUCCCACAGCUGCGCGCCCCCUUAGCCACCUCCGCAGCCUGUCUGAGAACCGUCCCUGGGACGCCUGGCUCGCCUUGUUGACCCCUCAGCUAGGGAGUUAGGACAGUGGUCUGCUUGCCUCCUAACAUGUUACCGGGGGACUUCAGUGUCAGAGGAGGAUCAACUUGCCUCAGUUUGACUGGAAGAGAUGAAACAGAUAAUAAAUAGGUUGAUACAUGAACAAGAUACAAGAUAGAUGGGAGAAAGAGCGGUGAGCUGGCAGCGACAGACAGCUCAGGGACAGAUAAGAUCGACAAAUAAGCAUCUAAGCAAACAGAGGGAGGGAAAGAGACCUGCAGGCCGAAGAUGCCAGGUUCUUAGCUGAAGGCUUUGGAAUUCGGACCCCCUGUUAAACUGAAGCUAUCCCUCUGAAACGGAUUUGCCUUUCCAGCCAAGUUCGGGGGAGGGAGUCCUAGGGACUGGAUUGGGCGGCAAGAGCGCCUGCCGCCCUGCACUGGGUUGGAGCCCUGAGUGUCUGAAGACACGUGUCUGGGCGACCUAGAAGGCCCUAAACAUCAAUUCCUAGGUCCUCCACCAGGACACAGCAUCCUCUCUGCCUUCUCCAGAGAUCAAAGCGAGAGACCAGCAGCAACUUUUUAAUACCUGGAGUUUUACCAUGGCUUCCAAGAGUGGCCAAGAUUCCUUCUAGCCCACAAGAAUUGAUAUCUGGGCAUGAAAGAGGCUCAAAGAGGAGUCACCCCCACAAAAGGAGCAGCCCAGAGCCUUGAGGAGCCUGUGUUUGGUCUGAGUAAGAAAAGCAUGUGUGAAAGAGGAAAGAAAGCUCAGGGACAUGUUUCCAGAGCUAAGAAGUGACUCCAGAGAAACGUCUGUCCCAAGCGCUGACCCAGAGGGGAGCCAGCUUUAGUCUGGAAUGCAGCUAAAAAUGCAGAAAAUGUGGUUAGAAACUGCGUGAUCCCGGCCUAACUGAUGGCUGGCAAGAAAGCGUUUUGUAAACCCAGCUGGACACUUUCUGCUCAAGGAACUCCGGGCUCAAGGCGUCAGAAGAGAUAGGUUUGUGCAAAUCGGUACUGUUGUCCCUGGAAGCCGGUCAUCGCGAGGAUAGGUGCAGUGGGGGCCACCCGAGGUCGUGGUGCACGCGACAAGCUUUGGAAAGGGAGCGGCGGCAUGGAGGCUCUCACCACUCAGCUGGGGCCGGGACGCGAGGGCAGCUCCUCUCCCAACUCCAAGCAAGAGUUGCAGCCCUACUCGGGAUCCAGCGCCCUUAAACCUAACCAGGUGGGCGAGACGUCGCUCUACGGGGUGCCCAUCGUGUCGCUGGUCAUUGAUGGGCAGGAGCGCCUGUGCCUAGCCCAGAUCUCCAACACCCUGCUCAAAAACUACAGCUACAAUGAGAUCCACAACCGCCGCGUGGCCCUGGGCAUCACGUGCGUGCAGUGCACGCCGGUGCAGCUGGAGAUCCUGCGUCGGGCCGGGGCCAUGCCCAUCUCCUCUCGCCGCUGCGGUAUGAUCACAAAAAGAGAGGCCGAACGCCUGUGCAAGUCGUUCCUGGGCGAGCACAAGCCACCCAAACUGCCCGAGAACUUCGCCUUUGACGUGGUGCACGAGUGCGCGUGGGGCUCUCGGGGCAGCUUCAUUCCUGCCCGUUACAACAGCUCUCGUGCCAAGUGCAUCAAGUGCGGUUACUGCAGCAUGUAUUUCUCCCCCAACAAGUUCAUCUUCCAUUCGCACCGCACACCCGACGCCAAGUACACUCAGCCCGACGCCGCCAACUUUAACUCGUGGCGUCGGCACCUCAAACUCAGUGACAAGUCGGCCACGGACGAACUGAGCCACGCUUGGGAGGACGUUAAGGCUAUGUUUAAUGGCGGUACGCGCAAGCGGACCUUCUCCCUGCAAGGGGGCGGCGGAGGCGGCGCCAAUAGCGGGUCUGGCGGUGCAGGGAAGGGCGGCGCUGGUGGAGGUGGCGGUCCGGGGUGCGGCUCAGAGAUGGCCCCAGGUCCACCGCCCCACAAAAGUCUGCGCUGCGGCGAAGACGAGGCGGCUGGGCCUCCCGGGCCACCUCCACCGCAUCCACAGCGCGCACUCGGCCUGGCGGCGGCAGCUAGUGGCCCUGCGGGACCUGGAGGACCUGGGGGCAGCGCGGGGGUUCGCAGCUACCCGGUGAUUCCAGUGCCCAGCAAAGGUUUUGGCCUCUUGCAAAAGCUGCCCCCGCCUCUUUUCCCGCAUCCUUACGGUUUCCCCACAGCCUUCGGCCUAUGUCCUAAAAAGGACGACCCUGUGUUGGUCGCCGCAGAACCCAAGGGAGGCCCUGGCACCGGGAGCGGUGGGGGCGCUGGCACCGCCGCGGGUGCUGGUGGCCCGGGAGCUGGCCACUUGCCCCCAGGAGCAGGGCCGGGCCCUGGUGGCGGCACAAUGUUCUGGGGACAUCAACCUUCCGGCGCAGCCAAGGACGCAGCGGCGGUAGCUGCGGCAGCCGCCGCCGCCACUGUGUACCCGACGUUUCCCAUGUUCUGGCCAGCAGCCGGGAGCCUCCCGGUGCCUCCUUACCCGGCCGCGCAGAGCCAAGCUAAGGCCGUAGCGGCCGCGGUGGCUGCGGCUGCUGCUGCUGCGGCGGCGGCGGCUGGCGGGGGCGGUCCGGAGUCUUUGGACGGUGCGGAGCCCGCUAAAGAGGGCAGCCUCGGUACGGAGGAGCGCUGCCCGAGCGCUCUAUCCCGCGGGCCCCUAGACGAGGACGGUGCGGACGAAGCGCUGCCCCCGUCCCUGGCUCCCCUUCCCCCGCCGCCACCGCCACCUGCCCGCAAAAGCUCCUACGUGUCAGCCUUCCGACCCGUAGUCAAGGACGCGGAGAGCAUCGCUAAGCUCUACGGCAGCGCGCGCGAGGCCUAUGGCUCCGGACCUGCUCGUGGGCCAGUGCCGGCCACCGGGGCCGGUGGGGGCUAUGUGAGCCCGGACUUUCUGAGCGAGGGCAGCUCCAGCUAUCAUUCUGCCUCGCCCGACGUGGACACCGCGGACGAACCGGAGGUGGACGUAGAGUCCAACCGCUUCCCCGACGAGGAGGGAGCCCAGGACGACACCGAGCCCAGCGCACCCAGCACGGGAGGUGGCCCAGACGGCGACCAGCCUGCUGGGCCCCCAUCUGUCACAUCCUCAGGCGCAGACGGCCCCACAGACUCUGCGGAUGGCGAUAGCCCUCGCCCUCGCCGCCGCCUCGGGCCACCGCCCGCUAUCAGAUCCGCAUUCGGGGACCUGGUGGCCGAGGAUGUGGUGCGGAGAACUGAGCGGAGCCCACCCAGCGGCGGCUAUGAGCUGCGAGAGCCUUGCGGGCCCCUGGGAGGCCCCGCAGCGGCCAAGGUGUACGCUCCUGAGAGGGACGAACACGUGAAGAGUACGGCGGCGCUGGGGCCCGCGGCCUCGUACCUCUGCACCACAGAGACCCACGAGCCAGAUAAGGAAGACAAUCACUCGACGACAGCCGACGACUUGGAAACCAGAAAAUCCUUUUCUGACCAAAGGAGUGUCUCUCAGCCAAGCCCCGCAAAUACAGAUCGAGGUGAGGAUGGGCUCGCUUUGGAUGUCACAGGAACUCAACUGGUGGAGAAAGAUAUCGAGAACCUGGCCAGAGAAGAAUUGCAGAAAUUGCUUCUGGAGCAAAUGGAGCUUCGGAAGAAGCUGGAGCGGGAAUUCCAGAGUCUCAAAGAUAAUUUUCAGGAUCAAAUGAAGAGGGAAUUGGCUUAUCGGGAAGAAAUGGUGCAACAGCUGCAAAUUGUCAGAGAUACCUUAUGUAAUGAGCUGGACCAGGAGAGGAAGGCCCGCUAUGCCAUCCAGCAGAAAUUAAAAGAAGCUCACGACGCCCUGCACCACUUCUCCUGCAAGAUGCUGACACCCCGGCACUGCACAGGCAACUGCUCCUUCAAGCCUCCGCUGUUGCCCUAGCGCUGGCUUGGCCGCGCCCACGCGCCCUCAAGCCAUGCUGCCCCUUUCUGUAAAUACCCGCUGCAGUGGCGGCCCAGAGCGAGGAACAAGCCAUUAGGACCGUUGUAAAUACAGCCGCCCGCCCGCCGGUCCCCAGCCGGGCUCCGCUGGGUUUCCCACUGUAAAUACUGCUUCGCCCCUCCUUUGAACUCCAGGGCAUCAGACCUCAAGGGGUAAACUGGACCCACCGGGGAAAGAAAGGUGAGAGGGGAGACCUCUUCCACGACCCCUCCCACUCCAGCCUGGGACCCGGAAUGUGAAUAUAAUGUAGCAUCUUCGCUGGCUACGGCCGGCCGUGUGCUCCCCGUCCUGUCCACUUCUGAAACUCUUGUUCCUAACGACAACGUGGCUAUGUGCAAUGGAGAUAAACGGACUGUGAGUCUCUUGGUUCAGUAUUAGGUUCACUUUAUUUAUACUGUAAGUUAUUUUACUUCCCCCAGGCCCCUUUCCAGUCCUCGUUUUACAUUCAUUCCUCUUUGGAUUUGCUUUGUGAUUUUGUUGUUGUUGUUGAUGUUGUUGUUGUUGUUGUGUAAAGUAACAGCACUUUAAAAGGGCGACAACUGACUCACGAGAUGGUGACCAUCUUGAGCCUAUUUGGGGAGACCUGUAUCCGUGACUUUUGUUUUUAAUAAAAAAGAAAAAAAAAA